AAACAUACAGAGUGCUACUCCAGGCCACCCACUCCUCACAUGGUGGAGAUCGCGAUUACUCCGCGCACAAGUCUCUCGCUGUUUCAUAUCUCGACUCUUUUAGAAUAUGAUUAUAUUUACGAUCCGACACAUGGCUAAAGGUUGCCUCGUGGAGUGCUCCGUGGAGCAAUGAUCAUCUACGUGAACAAUGUUAGGUUGUGCUUCCUAGGAGAGUGGUAGACAGUCGUCGACAUACAACAGCAGAUGACAGCAAGUUGACUUCAUCGGUUAGACCACGAACUUACCCGGUUGGUUACUUGACCCUAACUUACUAUAUAGACAGACAUCAGUGUAUGUAAACUCUGUCACAAUAAUAUGGCGAUGACUGCAUCACAGGGUAACCCUGUUAAUGUGACUUCCUGGCCACGGGACCCCACGGAGGAUUUAGGUACUACUCCACCAUCAGCGGUGCAGCCCCCUGCCCAGCCUCCGCCGGUCACACCUACGGCCGUGACCCCAACACAGCCGCCACCCCAGACACAACCUGCCAAUGUUCCAAAUGGCACCGCUACGACACCAAAUGGCACGUCCAGUUCUCCGGAGGCUAAACAACAGCAUAUAGAAUGUGUGGUGUGUGGAGACAAAAGCUCCGGGAAACAUUAUGGUCAAUUUACUUGUGAAGGGUGUAAAAGUUUUUUCAAAAGGUCUGUGCGGAGAAAUUUAACAUACACGUGCCGAGGAAAUAGAACUUGUCCCAUAGAUCAGCAUCAUCGAAAUCAGUGUCAAUACUGCCGUCUCAAAAAGUGUCUGAAAAUGGGGAUGAGACGGGAAGGUAGGUCGCGCACUUGUCAGUCUGGUGGUUUCAACUCACUUCUUUACCCCUCGGCUUCUUCAGAUCCGCUGGCCCUACCCCAUAACUCCGCCAUUGGGAAGAUGCAAGAUCAAUGUGCAGCCGUACAGCGAGGCCGAAUCCCGCCCACCCAGCAUCCCUUCCCAGGCCAAAUGGCCUUUGGCAGUGGUGACCCGUUAAAUGGCCAUACGUACCUUUCAAGCUUUAUUUCCAUGCUCCUAAGGGCCGAGCCCUACCCUACUUCCCGAUAUGGACAAUGUAUGCAGACGAAUAACAUAAUGGGAAUAGAAAAUAUUUGUGAACUUGCAGCAAGGCUGUUGUUUAGUGCUGUCGAAUGGGCAAGAAAUAUUCCAUUUUUUCCUGAUCUUCAAGUAACGGACCAAGUGGCCCUCCUGAGACUUAGUUGGAGCGAGUUGUUUGUUUUGAAUGCCGCUCAAUGUUCCAUGCCACUUCAUGUGGCUCCUUUGUUAGCGGCCGCCGGCCUCCAUGCCAGCCCCAUGGCUGCGGACAGGGUCGUGGCUUUUAUGGACCACAUAAGAAUAUUCCAGGAACAAGUGGAAAAGCUCAAGGCCCUGCAUGUGGAUUCAGCGGAGUACAGUUGUCUGAAAGCUAUCGUUUUGUUUAGUUCAGAUCGCAAACCAGAGCCAGUUCCGUCACAAAGACCUACGAUGAAUGGUUACAAUGCCUGUGGUCUGUCGGACGCUAACCACGUGGAAAGUAUUCAGGAGAAGUCACAAUGUGCGUUGGAAGAGUACGUUCGCAGCCAGUACCCCAACCAGCCCACUCGCUUUGGCAAGCUCCUUUUGCGUUUACCCUCCCUGCGGACCGUCAGCGCCCAAGUCAUCGAGCAACUCUUUUUUGUUCGUCUUGUAGGAAAGACACCCAUCGAAACUCUUAUUCGAGACAUGCUGCUCAGCGGGGGCUCUUUCAACUGGCCUUACAUGGCUAUACAAUGACAGUUACAGUGAAAAGGCAAAACGCAAGUUUUACCGCCAAAUGCUACUCUCAACACCUAGUCUUUCCAAAAGAUUAUUCUUACAAAAAUCAUGAAGAUUUUGUUACGUUUUUAACACGAGCACUGUCCCCCGUGACGUGUGGCCGCAUGCACUGUCCUUCGUGACGUGCAUCCAUCCAGUGCUGCUUGCGGUGAGAGGAGGACAGGUGGUGAGGACGUUUUGUUAAAGGUUGUUAUGUCACACAUACUCUAGGGGUGACGGAAUGCUACUUCCGAGUCCCGCGUACACACGCUGAUGUGAUUCCAUUUAUAUUACUCAAGAUUGUCUAUAAGACAAACGACAUUUAUCAUCUACAUCCAUUUUCAACUGAUUAGGGCAGCGGAGGCUUCUGUGUACCCCUGGUGGCAAGUUAUUAUAAGUCAUACAGCGAAUGCUGGUCAACUGGGGUCUCGGGCUCACGCACCAACAUAUACGCUUAUUCAUUUCUAGUAUUACACAGACGAUACGGGAGAGUAUCUAAAGUCAUGUUGCAGUUGUACAAAGGAUAAUUUCCCCUGGUCUUCCAAAUAAUAGAGAUUAUAUUUACCUGUGUUCAUACAAUACAAUUGGAACAUUAUUAUAUACGAAAUCAAUAAUGCAUUGUUACCUAUGAUAGCAUUUGGCCACUCACGAACGUUAUAAACGAUUGCACUUGAGGCGACCAACAUGGUCGGGUUAUACCUUUCUAGGAAAAAUAGCAUUAUUAUUAUCCGUACCGGGAUUCCGGGAAUAUGUUCUUUGUUCUACUGCAACGAAGAACAUCUUUAUGAAAGAUGUUCUAAAAUAAACUAUUUCCGUGUACGAGGGCAGCUGUGAGAGGACUUAAACAUUUAUUUGACGCCCUAAAGCUCUAACACUUCAUUUCUCAACAUAUUGACAUUUUGGGGCUCAAUAAGUAAUAAUGGAAAUUAUAGUAGAUACAAACUUUAUGUUUAUAUUGUAUUGUUUACAUGUCCAUGGAGGUUCCAAACCUUGUUGUGUGUCAUUGUUUAUACGUGGAAAUACUAUCUUUUAAAGUGGUAUCUAUCCCUUCGUUUGCAUCCAAAGAUUCAGUAUCUGUAUGUUUAUUUGGAUCUUCAGAAAUUUCCAGCAUAUUAAAAUGUACAUUUUUUCUUCACAAUCAUUAUUAUUAUGAUAUUUUGUGCGGCUCAAAGCACAAACACCAAAAGCCGUAUAUCUGUUGACUGUGUGUCUUUAAUGUACUAUUUGGUUCAAAACCACUGUUUAUAGAUUGACAGAUUAAGUAACGUUUUACUUACUAAUACAUUUUUUGUCGGAGGAAUGAAUUUUUCAUUUUUCCAAUACUAUUCCCGUAAACAGUAUAUAUAGAACGGAUAUAGGGUUAGAGUGUCCACCUCUUGUUUAUAUUGUUAACGAUUGGUGGCGCUAGUUGAGCUGCUGAAUACAGCGCCACCUACUAGACGCAAUUUAUAAGCUGAAAGCUGACACCAAAGGUUUUUGUCAUGAAUAUGAAAUAUUAUGUCAUUUAUAAAACGUAUGAAAGAGUUGUCGAACGAAUAUGUGAGUCUGUAUAUGAAGGGUGUACGUGUGUACAAAUGGUUCUUAUAUCUCGAAUUAGAUUCGUACUCUGGACGCGUGGGAAUGGGUCGACGUGUGCUGCUGAGAGAGGUUUUGUGUUCCGCUAUAAAUCGACUGAUAAUGUAUUGUUUCGUGUUGUGCUACCGGUGUCCGAGACACUCGAUCUACCUACUGCUUAUACUUGAUUAAAGUGUUGUAAACUCCC